CAGCUGUGAGAGCGGCGUGGCGCCGUGUGCCGCGGCUCUGACCCGCUGUCAGUUGCCCGAGCCCUGUGCUACGGUUAGGACCGCGUGUAAUCGUCACCUUUUACACGGCGGCGCGUCGAAACUAGCCACGGGCCGUCGCGCCGAUCCGCGUCGUCCUCGGCAGCCAGCACGUCCUUCGCGUCCCCGUUACGAGAUAUCGGCGAUCGGCCGCGCGAUCGACGGCAUCCGAGAGAGGCGAAAGGCCAACUGCGCGGGGAGCAGCGAUCGAGAGCGGGUGUGAUCGACCGUAAUCCGACCUCCGAUCGGACCUCCGUCACCACGAAGGAGAGCGAGAGAGGAAGAGAGAGAUAACUUGGCAUGUCGUUAAAUCGUUAAAAAGUCAAUAAUCGUCGAUCGCUAUCAGCGAAUUUCCGAGCGAGCGUGUCCUCUCUCUCUCUUUCUCGUCGAGAGUCGCGAGUCGCGAGUCGCGGAGAAGGGCAGCUCGAAUUAAGGGCGCGAUUGGUGUGAUUUUGGACUUUUUUUUUCCUCUCAUUCUCUUUUGUGUGCCACGUGGAGAAGUGAGGACCUGCCUCGACUCCCGGUGGAGUCCCAGCGGGUGGUGCGAGCUGACGACGCGUCCAGGAUGGUCUGGUAGAGGAGAGCGAGCAACCCCCUCGUUCGAGAGCGCGAGAAAUGGCGUGCGGCAUAUCGGUCGACGCGAUCGCCACGAGCACGGCGCUUCUCCUGCUGGUACUGCUUCAGGCGGCACUGGUCUGGGAGGAGGCGCGCGGCGCUCCAGUGAGAAAGACCGAUGUACUCGCGGGUAAAGAAUUCCUCUCGGUCUUUAUAAACGGCGCUAUGGCGACACCCCAGCAGCGACGCCGGGGCUCUCGGCUUCGUCACCAAAUGGCAGCUCCGGCGGAUGACAGCGCGACCGCCGAGUCGCAUCAGCACGAGGCGUCGAUCUAUCGAAUAUCUCAGAAUCCGAGCGGCGGCCGGCCGAUUUCGGUGUCGAGGCCGCAGACGAGCGGCCGCGAGGAGAUCGUUCGUUUCUAUCCUAUAAAUCAGAAAACAUUGGAGAACCGACAGCAGAAUCUAGCGUCGUUGAUCGACGACCUGAGCACGCCUGGCGGUAUAAGUUCGACGCGUUUAACGCCCUCGAGCGCGGCGACGCCGACGAUGACAAGCGCGCCGACGUUGACCCACCAAGAUCGAACGAUCUCGAGGUCGAACGGGACCAACGGAUCCGCUGCCGUCGGCAGAGGUGUCAGCCGGCAGAAGGUGAUCGGAGUCAGCGUCACGUCUACGGUCGAGGCCACGCCGUACAAAGUGCGCGUCGAGCACCACGACAGCACUGACGCCGCGGUAGUUACGCGACCACCAAGUUCGGAGGCUGCGGUGAAUAGGGAAGUGACUAGGGAGUCAAUCAGGGAAUCAAUUAGAAGCACGACGAGGGGUACCGGCGGACCGGCGACGCCGUCGUCGUCCACGACGACGACCACGACGACGACCACGACCACGACGACUACAAUGACGACGACGCCACCGCCACCGGAUCGCUUUGUCACCGAGGAGCUCAGCAACAUCGUCUCGGAGUCGAACAGGAGCGAAUUCUCCGUCGACGAGGACUCGCCGAGAACGAGCUGGCACAGCCGCGUAAUGAUGACGCCACGAAUUCAGCAGAUCCCCGCGAAGAGUCACCGGGAGGAAGAAGUGAAUGAGGCCGCGCGGAUCAUCGACGUCGAUGCGAUCACUCUGCCGACGGAGGAGAAUUACGAGCUGCCUGUAGAAAACUCGGAACGGCGGGAGUUGAACGAGGAACUGCCGGAGGUGUCGUCGGAUCGGCUUCAAGGGCGCAAAAUGGGACGUCAUUAUGACGCGCCGCUCUACAAUCGCUCGGGCUCGAAGAUAUACGGCCAGUCGUCGAAGGCGUACAAACCCCCGCGUAUUUAUAACGAGCCGGCCAAGGUGUACGGCGAGCCCGAGCGUGUGUACGGGGAGCCGGCUAAAGUGUACAGCGAGCCGGCUAAAGUCUACAGCGAACCAGCCAAAGUCUACAGCGAGCCCGCCAAGAUCUACAGCGAGCCCGCCAAGGUCUAUGGCGAGCCGGAGAAAAUCUACUCCGAGCCGUCCAAGAUCUACUCGGAGCCGGCCAAAGUCUAUUCCGAGCCGGCCAAGAUUUACUCGCAGCCGGCCAAGGUGUACGGCGAGCCCAGCAAGGUGUACGACUCCGAGGGCCAGCCGGUGGACCGUCAGCGGGAAAACGGCGAGCCCGAUGAACAGAAUUACGAGAUCGACGAGUCGGUCAGCGUUGGCAGCAACGGCAACGUCCACGGACCCCAGUUGGUCGUCACGGAGGAAACCCCGGGUGCGUCCGAGGUCGAGGACGGUCACAAGGUCGGCUACGUGGUGGAGGGCAGGAACUACAGGAAGUACAGGGUAGAAGAGAGAACGCCGGAUGGCUUCAUCGUGGGCGAGUACGGCGUCGUCAGUCACGAUGAUGGUUCGCUGCGCGGCGUCAGAUACACCGCUGACGGCACCAUCAAUCCCCAGCUCAUCUACGACGCUCUGAUGAAGUUCCUCGCACUGUGAGCGCCCCGUAA